AUGGCGUCACGGUGCCAGCGCCUCCUGGGGUCGACUCUGGCUGCACCAGGGCCCAGGGGCAGCUUAGGGCGCUGCUUUGCAGGAAGGCCUGGGAGCUGUUGCUGUGAUGAACAAUUUUCAGCCCCACCGAAGUCCCUCACUUGCCAGAGGGUCCCAGAGGACUUCGACCAACCCCAUACUCAGCUCAGUGGGUGGGGGAGGGUGACCCUUCUGCCCCUGCUGGGGACUUCGGUGGUGUGCAGCCAGGUAGGAGGGAGGCUCGCCGCGGUCCUUCCGGCCACUCCGGGCCUCGGGCCACUGGCGAAGGAGAAGAGAGGCUGGACCCUGAACAGCGCCGGCUACCUCCUCGGCCCGUAUGCCAUUGACAACCACAGAUCGUUUCACGACAAGCAUGGCCUCACUGGCAAGCGGGAACUCCAGCCUGAGGAAGAAUCGAAGCCAGGAAGCUUCGACAGGUCAAUGCCUGAGAGCAAUGUCAUGCGCACAAUCAUCGAGUUUCUGACAUUCUUGCAUCUCAAAGAGGCGGGGGCCCUGGGUCGCCUGCCAGGUCUCCCCUCGGCAGCUGCAGUGUCAGGGGAAGACCUGGAACAGUCCUGAGAGGAGGCGCUCCCAGGCAUGUUCGUCUGCGCUUGUAAUUUAAAGUCAGAUUUGAAGAUGACGAAUAAUCUUAGGCCAGUUUAUGCAGAGUAAACCCUUCCUGUUCUCUUCUUUGAUGCUGUGUUGUUGUAAUUUAAGACUUUUGGGUAAUUAUUUUAUUGAGGGGCAAAAUAAAAACUAGCAUGCACUUGGA